GAAUGUCAAGAGCAGUGGCCGUUAGCCGCUGAUCACUUGUUUCAAAGUCGAGACAUGAGCUUAUCCUAGUGUGAAUCUUGAUCAUUCCAGUAGCCAUUAGUACCUGAUCAGUUGUUUCAAAUUCCAGAGAUGAGCUCCCCUCAAUUAAUUAGGGGCAUAGUCAGGACUGACAAUUGCAAGCUUCAAGUUCAAUAUUAACUAAACAAUAUUAUAUUAUCAUAUGGAUUAAACGGUGUGAUGCAUAAGAAUGAGUGGCUAGGUACGUAAUGCGCAAAAAUGGAGCCCGAAGUCGUGUAAGUGGUCAUUACAGCCGUGGGGCCACUAUGUUUGAAAAAUGAGAGCCAAUUAGCCCACUUUUCUUCUGGAUCACAGUACUGGACUGUCUCAACAGUCAAAAAGUUGUCAUUUUCCUUUUGAGUAAAUCUCGGAGAAGGCAUCAACUCCAACCUUCUUUUGUUAGAACCGAUGGAUCCAAAGUGAUUGAUCUUUCUGUCUUCCACUACCACAAAUCCUCUCUCUCUAGUCCUAAAAUUUUCAACACAUUAGCUCUCUCACCAUACUCUCACGCAUUGAAUGGUUUUUGAAAUACAAUUAGUAAAGACAAUGGAUCCUUUAAUGUUGCUGUCGCCACUUACAUUCUUCAGUCUCAUACUCACAACCUUAACGCUUCAAUCACUACCAUCCCUUGCUCUCACUUCUUGCAGAACCUCUUGCGGCAGAGUCGACAUACGCUACCCAUUCGGCGUGGACGAUGGCUGCGGGGCACCCCAGUUUCGCGGCAUGUUUAACUGCAGCAAUGACUUGUUCUUUAUAACACCUUCAGGUAGCUACAAAGUGCAACAGAUUGACUAUGAAAAGAAAACAAUCGAAGUAUAUGAUCCUGCAAUGUCUACAUGCUCUAUUCUCCAGCCUCACCAUGACUUUGUCAUGUCAGACAUACAAUCUUCUAUGAUUCCACCAACUCCAGACACUGUCUUUGCUCUCCUUAAUUGCUCUAUCGACUCUCCAGUUCUUAACCACUACAAGAAUCUCUGUUUCAACUUCUCUGGCCAUUCUUGUGAUGAGCUUUAUGGCUCGUGCAACGCAUUCAGAGUGUUCCAUUUGCUAACCAACAGUUCUCCGCCGUGCUGUUUUACUGGAUAUGAUACAGUGAGGUACAUGAGCAUGAAUAUUUUGGACUGCACACAUUAUACUACUGUGGUGAAUACUGAUAAUUUGAAGGGUAUUGGUCCCUUAGAUUGGGUAUAUGGCAUCAAAUUGUCGUAUAGUAUGCCGGAUACUGGAUGCGAACGGUGCUCGCAGUCUGGCGGUACCUGUGGAUUUGACACUGAGACAGGAGGAAUGCUCUGUCUUUGCUCUUCUUCCACUAAUGCUACUAGAGAAUGUGCUGCAGGAAGUAUUACAGCUGGGGUUGGAAGCAGCCAUUCUCCAUGGAGGCUUUUUCAUGUACUAGUUGUAUUGGUUUUGGGUGUAAUUGUGAUUUUGUAACUGUAUUUGUCACUGGACUAUUCGCUCAGGGGACUGCUUUUUUCCUUUUUAGUUUAUUUUCCAUUGUUGA